AUGGUUAACACGCUUGAUCCGUUCAAUCAGUGCUCCGCGUCGCGACCCUGCCCCAAACAUGGUAGUCAUGUGACAAUCGUGUCCCAUUUGGUAGUUCCGCAUCAACUAUGGCACAAUUGCGGUAGUUUUUUGUCAUUUUCUCCGCUCGACCCGACCUUCCUCCUCCGCCGUGUUCUUGGCUGCUGCAGCCUCGCCAGGGAGCUGCCUGCUUCAGACUCCGGCGACUCCGGCGAGCAGGCGACAUCCUUCAGCCAGGUGCUUCCCUCCACCCCAUCUGCAUUUUUCGUCCGCACCGCACCCCCUCUGUUCGCCGCAUCAACCCGCUCCCUCUUUUUGCAGCAGAAACCGCGCGGCCCCCCUCCAGCCCGGCGACCGACGGCGAUUAAAGGCGGCGGCUUCCAGAGAGGUAGUCCUCCAUUUUCUCGCUCUUCUUCACACAUCUCCAGUUCCCCUCCAUGGCUCCGACGCGCGGACCCUCCUAGCCCUAACCCUAGGCGCGACUGCGGCGCCGCUCCUUUUCCCCGGCCGGCUAGGGCAUCUCGCCCCUCCCUUCCCCGUUAUGGCGUUCCCCUGCCCCGAGUCCCCGACCGGCGAGGCGACCGCCCACCUCCGACGCGCCGCACGGCGCACACUGCCACGAGCAGGCAAGCAAAACUGCUGGUGCUCGUGGGCGGUUCUAGCUGCCCGCUCCUUGCUAUUGCUCACUUGCAGUUCGAAUGUGCUUGA